UUUAAUUUGCCCGUUUUUCUUUUCCUUUGCAGCGGGAAAGUGACAAAUUAAGAUAAUAUGUGGAAUAGUUUUGUCCGUGUAACUUAUUUAAUCUGUUGACUUCUUCUGUCUGUUGUUGUAUAUUUGACAAGUGUUUGUUGCUGAACAAAAUAUAUUCUAAUAACGAUGACAAGUGUGAAGGCUUGGUCACUGCUUCUACUGCCGUUUUCUCUGGUCUCUAUGGGGAAAGAGUGUCCAGUUCCUUCUAUGAAUGGCAGAUUUGUCUUGUCACUGGAAUCCAUACUGAAGAAUAGCUUCGCAGACGAUUCAGAAGCGCUUUUGGAAUGUGCUAAAGGAUAUGAGAGAGAUAAAGGUCCAACUUCAAUUACCUGUGUGAACGGGGUCUGGAGUGAAGUGAAAUUAAUCUGCAAAAAGGUAGAUUGUGGACAACCUAAACCUUCACCACAUAUGACCUACUCCAUCCGUGAUGGAACAUUGUUUGGUGCCUACAUACAACCCGUAUGUGAGACAGGAUAUGAUCUGGAAGGAUCAAGCCACAGGCAAUGUCUUGUUUCUGGCUGGAGUGGAAAAGCUGAAUGUAUAUUGUCAGAAUGCGAUUUUCCUGAUCCAAUUGAGCAUGGAGAGAGGUUUGGACCCGAGAAUCCUGUGUUUAAUGAUGUCAUUACAUAUUCGUGCAAUGAUAACUACACCCUCGUUGGCAACAGCUUCAUUACAUGUGGUGAAUACGGGGAGUAUAGUUCACCGCCUCCGAUAUGCAUUGUCAUGACAACACCGACAGAAGCAAGCACUACCACAAACAAAGCCACAACAACAGACACAACAACAGUCUCCACCCGUUCACAUGUCAUCAUAACAUCGACAAAAGCAAGCACUACCACAAACAAAGUCACAACAACAGACAUGACAACAUUCUUCAACCUUUUAUAUGGAGGACUUGAAGCCAAUCGCCUUUUCAUUCUGUGUGCCUCAGUAUUUGUUGCUUUAUGUGCCUCAGCAUUUGUUGUUUUAUGCAUUUGUAAAUAUUCAAAACAAACAGGUUCAUACGAUACUGGUGAAGAACUGAGGGCAAAAGAAGAUUUAUUCCUAAAUCAGAGUGUCUAAACUCAAGGGCAAUCAAUCGGACGGCUCCUUUGCUUUAGUGUUACUCUCCUGCACAUGGAUUCACUCAAAUUGAAACAUUUUUUUGUUCUAUUAUUUAAAUUAAUUAUUGUAUUUUGCUACAAAAUGUUUGGCUUUUACACAUAUAUUACAGUAAUUGAUAGAAGCACCAGAUGAUAUUUUUGUAUAUUUGAAUAAAGAUUGUUUUUUAAGUACUU